AAAAUAAGAGAAACAAUGCAGAUAAAAUCGUUGCCACUGACAUCCGGUUGGCGUCAAUCUCGACAGCGAUUGGAAAUAUUUAUGCUCUUUUGCAUGUUUAUUUUUGUAUCAGGCACCAAAUCCGCCGCUGAAAACGAUGCAAUUGAUCCUGUAAAGGAUACCGCAACUAAUAUCAGUAAUGUCAGCAGCUUGGAUCGUUUGCAUGCCGAUCUUUUUAUUCAUUAUGAUAAGAUGGUACCGCCCAUGGUAGGGGGAAAGGGCUCCAACAUUAAUCUGGGCAUGACAGCCCACUAUUUUGACAUUGAUGAGUUGAAUGGCAAGUUCAUAAUGCAUUGCUGGCUGAAUAUUGACUGGAUGGACGAACUUUUCACUUGGAAUGCCAGUGAAUUUGAUAACAUCACUUAUAUCCAUUUGCAGAGCCAUGAGAUCUGGAAGCCACAGAUCACUCUGUUUAAUGCCGCUGGCUAUGAUGAUGGUGAUGGUUCCUCUAGCCUGCAGGAAAGUCAAGUGCUAUUGAUGAGUAAUGGUAAAUUUAUUUGGGUACCGCCAGCUAUUUAUACGGCCUAUUGCAAUCUAAAUAUGCGAGAUUGGCCCUACGAUCAACAACAUUGCAAGCUAAAGAUCGGUUCCUGGUCGCGAAACAACAAGAUCCAGGCGGACUUUACCAAAUUAGAUCAAUCCUCGGCCUAUGCAGAGGCUUUAGUACCAUCGACCGAGUGGGAAAUCGUUAGUGGGCAGGCGAAAUAUGUUACUGAGGACUAUUACCAUUAUAUUGAAUAUAGCUUUGUUGUACAACGUCGUUCGUCUAUGUAUACGGCGAUCAUUUAUACGCCAGCCUCGUGUAUUGUUAUACUGACCCUGGCCGCCUUUUGGUUACCUCCUAAACUGGGCGGCGAGAAGAUAAUGGUGAAUGGCCUGCUCAUCAUUUUGAUUGCGGCGUUUCUUAUGUACUUUGCCCAAUUGUUACCGAUUCUAGCCGAGAAUACUCCGCUUGUUGUAAUCUUCUAUAGCUCGAGCCUAUUGCUAGUCAGUUGGUCGACCAUCAUUGAGGUUGUAGUCCUGUAUUUGGCAACAACUCAGCACAAACGUCGGAUACCCGAGUUCCUUAAGAAAGUCCUCGACGGCCCCUUGGGCACUUGUCUGCUGCUCUCCCAUUUCACUUUCGAGGGUGAACAGAGCAAUAAGUCCAAUGAAAAUGGUAAACGGGAGAUGGAGGAGCAUAUCUACGAGAGUAGCUCCAAUGACUACGCUGAUGCCGAUCCACUGUAUGUCAAUCCCAUUGAGAUUCCCUCUUCCCAGGCCAUACAAUUCGAUUGGGUGCUACUGGCCACAGCCUUGGAUCGGAUUAGCUUUUUAAUCUUCAGUCUAAUAUUCAUUAUUUUGGCAAUAGUCUGUGCCGUCUAACAGAGAAGACAAAUAAGUUUUAAUUUUGUUGGAAUAAUUUGUAUUUUGUAUUUGCUUAAAAAUUACUUAAUGAUCUUGACAAUGAUGUUAAUGAUGAUGAU